AUGACAUCUACUCAGCAGUGGCUGCUGGCCAGUUUAGCGCUUCUCUGUGUUUAUGGAGCAGUUGAAUCUAAAAGGAAUUUCAAAUGUCCUUCAGGAUGCUCCUGCACCAAGGAGACCAUCAUCUGCGUGGGUACUUUACAGAUCCCAAAGACGAUACCGAAUGAGAUCAACUCACUGAGCAUGGUAAAUGGAUCUAUUUCUGAAAUCACAGAGGGGAUGUUUUCACUUAUGCCUUCUCUCCAGCUGUUACUUCUAAAUGCAAAUUCUUUGACAACAAUCAAAGAUGAUGCUUUCUCUGGUCUUCCACAUCUAAAAUAUUUAUUCAUUGAAGGGAACAAGAUCGAAACCAUCACCAAAAAUGCCUUUCGUGGUCUGCGAGAUUUGACUCAUCUAUCGCUUUCCAAUAACAAGAUGAGGUUUCUGCCAAGAGAUCUGUUUUUUGACUUGGAUUCGUUGCUGGAGCUGGAUCUGAGAACCAACUCUUUCCAGUGCAUUUGUGAGAAUAAGUGGCUGAUGAUGUGGCUGAAAAACACAAAUGCUACAGUAUCGGAUGUCUUCUGUGCCGGCCCCAGUGACAUGAAGGGCAAGCGGCUCAAUGACCUUCCUAUUCAACCGGGCGAGUGUAUCUCCACAGACUUUGUUCGUCAUCAGUCCAUUCCCAUUCAGUCCAUGUCAGCCGACAUCUUCUCCUUUAAAGAGGACAUCUACGUGGCGAUGGCUGCCCCCAACUCCAACAGCUGUGUGGUCAUGGAGUGGGACCACGUUGAAAUGAAUUUCAGGAAAUUUGACAAUAUAACAGGGAAGUCUGUUGUCGGCUGCAAGUCGGUACUGAUCGACGACCAUGUCUUGAUAAUUGUUACCCAGCUCUUUGGUGGAUCCCAUAUAUACAAGUUUGAUGAUCGGCAAAACAAGUUCACAAAGUUCCAAACAAUUGAGGUCUUCAACAUCUCGAAGCCCAACGAUAUAGAGGUCUUCCAAAUGGAUGGUGAGUGGUACUUUGUGAUUGUGGACAGCUCCAAGGCAGGUAUGUCUACUCUGUACAAGUGGACCAACCAACCAGACCGCAAUGAAACUGGUUUCUACUCCUACCAGUUUCUCCACGAGUGGUUUCGUGAUACAGAUGCUGAGUUUGUCCAGUUGGACGGGAAGUCCUACCUCAUCUUGACCAGUCGCUCUCAGUCACCAGUUAUCUACCUGUGGAACAAGAGCACCCUGAAGUUCAUAUUUCACAGUGAAAUCCCAAAUGUCGACGAUGUGGUGGCAGUAAAAGCUUUCCGGGUGGAGGAUGAGUUGUAUCUGGCCAUGACCUGCUACAUCGGUGACUCCAAAGUCCUCAAGUGGACCAAUAAGCAGUUCAUUGAGGUGCAGGCUUUACCUUCUCGAGGAGCGAUGAUCCUCCAACCUUUCAACUUCACAGAUAAACACUACCUUGCCCUUGGCAGCGAUUAUUCUUUCACACAAAUCUACCUCUGGGAUGUGGAGACCAAAACGUUCCACAAGUUCAAGGACAUUUAUGUGCAGUCGCCCCGAACCUUUACAGCACUGACCACUGACCGGAGGAAUUUCAUCUUCUCCUCCAGCUUCAAGGGCAAAUCCAUGGUUUUUGAGAAUGUUAUUGUAGAUUUAAGCUUAUAA